AUGUGGGUCAUUAUGGUCAUUGCUGCGGCCUCUCUGCUGGCUGCUCCAUGCUCGGCCGGCAUCAAAGACCUCGGCACUCACUUCAGCGGUCCAGAUCCAAACCCUAGAGGCUUACAGCCGGCUGGGACAGAGGAUGUGGAGGCCAUUCCCAUGGAGUUCCACAAAGCAAAUACAGUCACUAAUGAGUUAGUUUUUGAUGGCUUUGAGGAUGAAGAUUACAUCGAUUUUGAUAAAAUUCUUGCUGCUGGCAGUGAUGAUUACAUCGAGGGCGAUGAGAUUGAUGAGAUUUCAACACCACCCCCUGACAUUGACAUCUUUGCCGAAGCCUCUGACCCAAAGAUCCGAAGAGCUCGGCUCCUGAGGCUUUUCCACGGCCGAUCUCGUCUCCAGCGCCUCAACACCGUGAAUGCCCAUUUCGGCUUCAACCUUUACCGGAGUCUCCGGAACCACGUAAACCAGAGCGACAACAUCCUGCUAGCACCUGCGGGGAUCUCCAUCGCCAUGGGGAUGAUGUCUUUAGGCGCCGGGCCGGGGACACAUGAGCAGAUCUACGAAGCUCUGGGAUUUGCAGAUUUUGUCAACGCUAGCCAUCACUAUGAUAACACGACGGUGCAUAAGCUGUUCAGGAAGCUCACCCACAGGCUCUUCAGGAGGAACUUUGGCUACACGUUACGCUCUGUAAAUGACGUCUACAUUAAGAAAGAAGUCUCCAUGAAAGACGGCUUCCGUACACAGAGCAAGAAUUAUUAUUUUGCUGAGCCGCAGUCAGUCAACUUCAGAGAUCCAGCAUUCCUGGAGAAGGCCAACAGCCGCAUACAGAAACUUACCAAGGGGCUGAUCAAAGAUCCACUGAAGAGUGUGGAUCCAAAUAUGGUGCUGAUGCUGCUAAACUACCUGUACUUUAAAGGGACGUGGGAGCAGAAAUUCCCAAAGGAGAUGACUUACUAUCGCAAUUUCCGAAUUACUGAAAAAACAAGCGUACGUGUGCCGAUGAUGGCCAAUAAGGGGAACUAUCUGGCUGCUGCCGACCAUGAACUGGACUGUGACAUCCUACAGCUCCCAUACUCAGGAAACAUCAGCAUGCUCAUCGCCUUACCAAGGAAGAUCAGCGGGAUGAGAACCCUGGAGAGGCAGAUCUCACCAACUGUUGUCAACAAGUGGCUCAAAAACAUGACAAACAGGACCCGUGAGGUUUUGUUACCUCGUUUCACACUGGAGCAAAGCUACGACUUGAUUCAAAACCUUAAGGAGAUGGGCCUCUCCGACAUGUUCCAGGGGAGUGGGGACUUCUCUGGAAUGACGUCAGAAAGAGUCGUCAUGAGUUGGCUGAAGCACCAGGGAACCAUCACAGUCAAUGAGGAGGGAACCGAGGCUGCCUCUCUGACCCAAGUGGGCUUCAUGCCUCUGUCCUCUCAGAUCCGCUUUGUCGUGGACCAUCCCUUCCUCUUCCUCAUCUAUGAGCACCGCACUGACUGUCUUGUGUUCAUAGGCAGGGUCGUCAAUCCUUCACAGAGCUGAAGACUUCAACGCUUCUUCAAAAAAGUCCAUCUAUUUGUUAGUAGAUCAGGCACCUAAACUGACAGAGGAGGGGUUUUUUUCUCAUGAAAAUUUUCUCCCAUUGAACAUGUUUAAUUUUUUUGCCCUGGGACCUUCACUCGGUGUAUGUGUGCUAUUCUUUUUCUAUUGUUUUUUUCUUUGCAAUAAGGCAAAUGGAUAAUCCAACAGCUCAGCAAAAGCGUCAUUUAAAGAGGCGCUUUAAGCUGUAAUAUAAGAUUUUAUGUGAAAAAAAAACUUUAAUUUAUAUUCUUGGAAAACAACAACUCUCAUACACAUAUGAUCGGAAUAAAAACGAAUGUUUUAUAAGUCCAUUUUUGUUCAAUGCAACUCCUGUUUCAGCAAAACGUUCAUUAGAUGUAAACGAUUAAUGAAGGACAACGGUAUGUGAUCAGAAUAAAUAAAAGAACAUCCAGCACUGAACUGGAAACACAAA